AUUAUAAAUGUCAAAAACUUUAUACUCUCCAAACAUGAUAUUUGAACUAAUAUUAUUCAUUUUUGGUAUUAUCGCUCUUGGUCAUAGCCAAAAAACUUGCAGUAACCAAAAUGCCCUAAAGCUGACAUGCUAUACUAAUCGAUUGCAAGUUGUAACUACAGCAACCCGUCUAAAAAGAAACGAAAAACUUAUUUUCCGGAUUGAACAGAAUCCUGGAAGUUGCGAUUUUGACAUUGAAGAGUUUCAUCUGGUUACUAUACCGCCAUUUUCGGCAACUACUACUGAUAAAGAUUUAAUAUUAAAGCAAGAAAAGAUAAAUGUUAAGUAUAGUUUUAUUCCUGAAUAUCGGUUUACAAGUGGAGCUGCUACUCUAAAAGUGUUUCCUGUAUAUAAUAAUGCCAUAGUGGCUAAUCCAGCUACGUGUUCUUUUAAUGUGGAUCCUGCACCACCAAAAGCAAUAAUUAGAGGUGAAACAAUACAGGUUUAUCCAGCUGACAAAGAAACUACAAUUGAUGGAAGCGAUUCGGAAAAUAUGGACGAGGAAACCAAUAAGACAAAAGAUCUAUUUUUUGAAUGGUCUUGUACAGAACUCAGUGGACAAGUAGUUAAUUUUUGUACAAAGAGCUAUACGGACACAUUUAAAAAUAAGCCUAAGCUCAUUAUACCGCCAUCAGCAGCACAGAUAAGGUACAACUAUAGAAUCGACUUGGAAGUAUACGUGAAAACACGUGCAAACCUAGUACGGACCAAUCAAAUGGUUCAGUUUGAUGCUAAUCCGGAUAUGCUUCAAAUACUAUGCCGUAAAAAUUGUGUUCCCUUAACUAGAAAAUCACUCACUUCGUUACCGGUUAUCUUACACGGAAUGUGUGAAAAGUGCGGACUGGAUGACACUAAACACUUAUCCUGGACUAUAGUGGAUGAGGGUGGUGAUGAAUCAGUAGACUACAAGAGGUUAAAAAAUCGAAUCGGUGGAGAAUUUUAUUUACAGUCAGACAGCCUUCAAGAGGAUACAACGUAUAUCGUAACCUGCGAAUUAGAAGGUGAAAGUGAGCUGAAAUUAUCCAGAAGUUUUACAUUAACUACAAGCCAGCCGCCAAUAUUAAAAGAUUGCUCAAUCGACCCUCCAAGUGGUGUAUCUUUUCAAACCAAAUUUUCUGUUUUCUGUUUAUAUUCCAUUGGAGAUCAGCAUUUCGAAAUAUUUACAGUUCACAAAGAAAAACGUUCAUUCUUAGCUAGAGUAAACCACUUGUACGAAACCAGGUUUUCUUUGCCCCCUGGACGAAUUACUGUUUUAAUAAAAUUAAUGGAUGAGUAUGGAUACACUCAUGAAGAAAAACUGACUGUCCAGGUCGAAGAAUAUUUACACUUAGAUGGAAAAUCGGCCGAAGAAGUCAACAAAAUCGUCAGUAAGGCAGUCAAGGACGUUAUAAGAGACGCAAAAAGUGGAAAGAAAGGAAUGGCUAUACAAAAAUUGUCUGGAGUCGUGGACUCAUAUUCGAAUUUAAGUAAAAUUAAUAAAGAAAUUAAAAAGAAACUGGAUGAAAGAGCAUUUGAUGCUCUCGAAAUGAUAGGAGUAACUUCACCUGAAACAGCCCGACAAGCACUGGAUCUUCUCUCGAAAAUAACCAAGGAAUAUGAGGAUAAACCCGAUCCAGAUAUAGCAGCUCGAGCCGCAAGCUUAUGUGUAGAAGCUGGAUCUUUUUACAAAGAACUUGCAAAAAUAUUGCCAAAUCCAGAAUUGGAAAAGGAACAACUGGUCUCCACAGUGAAAUCUAUGGCGAUUUGUUCUCAAGUAGCCUUAAAUGACAACUUAGAAGCUGUGAUAUCGGCAGCAGUGGACGUAACAGUAGAUUUAAGUACAUCUGGACAAAUGGUAACAGAAAAAAUACAAAUUGAAGAGUCUUACGCCGAUUACACGGAUGAUACUAAUUCUUCAGAGAAUAUUUCAAAGUUUGGAAGAGCAGCACAAAUUUUGGAAACUCUUUGUUUCUCCAGCUCAAAAAUAAUUAGUAAAACUAUGGUCCCCGAGGAAGACCCCAUCAUUAGUAAAGAAGGUUCUUUGACAAUUGUAUCAGUUCGCAGGUACAGUGAAGUAAUGCGAGAGACCAAUAUCAGCAUAGGUAAAAUGCUCCUGAGUCCAUCGAAUGAUUUUUCUAAACAAGCGAAGACUUCGGUAUUUGAUAUUUUACUUUGUGUAACCGACAAAAAUCCUUUUUGGUAUAUCGACAACAUAACCCUUUCAUCCUCCGUAGUAUACGUUCGGUUUGAAAAAUCGAAAUAUAAACCGAAAAAGUACACGGAGAAGCGUAGUGUAAUUGACGAUAGUUCAGACGGCAAAGUUACGGAUUUCAACGAUCCUUUCAUUUUAUCUUUUGCAAGAGACAAAACUGUCACAGCGAAAUUAAUACAAUCAGUAGAGGACAAAUUACCCACAAAAUCAAUUUCCGAACUUAACAAGGAAACAUUCUACGAUAUGAUAUCUGUCCAUCGGAUAUAUUUAUUCAAAAAUAGAGGAUUUAAAAUCACGUUUACCGAUAUACCAUCUGAACACUAUUAUGACAUCGUUCUUACUGAAAUGGAGAAACCAACUUACGCUUUUUUCAAGAAACACUAUUUAACCAUCUCACAAACAGAUAAAGAAGUUAAGAAUAGAGAAACACCUGAUUAUGACAGAUGGUAUUACCUUACAUUAUUACCCAGCAAAAAUAUGAGUAGUGCUUCAGGAACGAAUUACAAAUUUAGUGCUUCCACUGCAGCUUGCUUUGGAUGGAAUAAAACUACUAAAUUUUGGAUAUAUGCCUGUCAUGGAUUUGACGAAGACAAUGGUAACCUUACCUGCUUGUGUCAUAAUGGAACCAUACUUACACCGUACGUUUCGAGCAACAGAGUCAAUUUGGUGGAAGAUAUCGAGAUUGAAUUUGAAUUAGAAAUUCAAACCUGCUGGAUUAUAUUUAUUACUAUUUUGACAAUAUUUUUCUUCUUCCUAGCUGUCCUGUUUUUUGCUUCGUUUGAGGAGAAGCCUAACAUACUUAAAAAAGUUUAUUUCGUUGGAGAUGUUCCUAAUUUUUUCAAAUUUGCUUACAUUAUCGUCGUAACGACCGGAAGAAGAAGACAUUCAGGUACAACAUCAAAUAUCACCAUGAAGCUUCAUGGAACGAAAUCAGAAAGUUUUGAACAUGUUUUAAAUUAUCCAGAUCCAGAAUUGAUGAUGUUACAGCGAAGUCAAGACACAUGGUUUGUUAUAGCCACUGAUAAAUCUUUAGGUGAUAUAGAAAAAGUAACCGUUUGGUUUGAUUCAAUAGGAAAUAAUACAAGAUGGUACUGCUCAAAAAUUGAUAUUUACGAUGUGCAAGGAGAAAAAUUAUUUCACUUUAAAAUAAAUAGAUGGUUUAACGUUAUGGAAAGCAAUCAGGAUUUUCAUGUAUUUGAUAUAAAAGAUUGCGCAAGUACGACAGAUUUGGAAAAGGAUGCUGACAAUAAAGAUAAAAUGAUUAGAGCCAUUGGAAAUCUUGUAAAAAGUGUCAACGAUAAUGUAAAUGUAUGGAACUUAAGCUUGGAGCAUCCAUUUUUCAUGCUGAAAGAAAGACUGUCAAUAAUUUUCUCUAAUAUAAUGGUCAUCUCUGUUCUCGUCAUGUUUAUGUACAAUGUUCCAAAGUUUGACGAAAGCGACAGCAUAGAAGAGAACGAAUUCAGUUUCAGCCUCAAGCUAAUAUGGAUACCUUUUAUUGCCAGUGCGAUAGCAUUUUUAUAUUAUUGCCCAUUAAUAUAUUUACUUGAAAUGGCAAAACUUAAAUUCAAAACCAGAAUUAGAUUUUUCAAGAGGAUUUUAGAAAUUUGUUGGAUCCUAUUAAUAAUUCCAAUAAUCAUUUCAAUUACACUUAUGAUUAUUUGUGGAUUUUGGAUACCUCAUAAUACCAGCAUGCUUUGUUUGGUGUCCAUACUAAUUGGGACACUUAUGACUGGUUUAAUUUUCCAAAAUGUAACAACAAUUUUCCUGAGCAUCUUUAUCAGGCUUCCUGAGUUGGCGAAAUAUAUUUCUAAUACUAAAAAAAGAAUAAUCGAGUUUGUAGAACUGCAAAGACUUUUUAUUUAUAAAAGGUUUGGAUCAAUGGCUCUCAGACCAUAUUUUCAACAUUUUUACAGUUCACUGGACAACUUAACAUUGAAAGAAAAAAAGAAAUGGGAAACGUCGAAGAAAAGUAUCGUUCAAUUACUGGAAGAUCUUUUCAUGAUAUCUUCUUACGUAUUUUUUCUCUAUCUGGUAUUGUUGUUAGACAAAAACUCAAUGGAGGUGUACAGUCACACGGAAAUACAGAGACUGGUUUCUGGGAAGUAUUUGGGUAAAGAAAUGGAGGUCGAAGUGUAUCAAGACAUUUUUAAGUAUAUUAAAGAAAUAUUAAUACCAUCGUUCCAAUCGUAUCUAUGGUAUGGAAGAUAUCUGCAAAUCGAUCCAGGGAUGACCAGGGAUUUUCAUAAUAAAUAUCUGGGUAUUAUGCGCCUAAGGCAACAUCGUACGAAGACCGCAAGAUGUCGCAUUCCUGAGCAGUUAAGAUUUUUAAAUAUUACGUGCCGGCCACCGUUUGAUCGGGAGAAAGAAUUCGGAGAUUUUUUUAGAAAUUGGGAAACUUUAAAACCAAUCCACACAGAUAGCAAUGAGAGAAUGGCGCAUACAUGGGACUAUUCUUCAUCUGGAGUAACAGGAACAUCAACAUACGUUGGUGACUUGGCUCUAUAUCCCGGAGGAGGUUACGUAGCUCCUUUGGGACGAACAGUAGUAAAUUCCCACAUAAAUAUGUUUUAUUUAAAGAAAUAUAAAUGGCUAGAUCUGAAAACCAGAGCCGUCUUCAUAGAAUUUCUCACUUACAAUCCUAACUGUAACUUAUUCAAUACUGUACAGGUUGUUUUUGAAAUUGGAGCAUCUGGCUACGUCACUCACAGAUUUGAGAUUCAAACAAGAAGGUUACUUGUUGUUGAGAGCGAUUUUAGAGGCCCCCAAGUUGUAUUUGUGUGUUUCGGUUUGGUUCUCCUUCUGCUUACGGUCCGAGUGACUUAUAAGAUGAUCAAGAAAGGUAAAAAAUUCUUUUCAGAUGCCUUGGAGGUCUUUGAUGUGAUCAUAGUUCUCUUAAGUAUGGCCUCGAUAUAUUUAUUCAUCAAUCGGAUAGCACAGUUAAACAUUUAUCUGACAAAACUGUCGGAAUCGAAGAACAACGAGUUUGUCAAUUAUUUUCAUUUAUUUGUGGCAGACAACACUUUUACAGCACUUAGUGCCAGCCUAGUGUUUUUAGCUACCUUUAGACUGUGGAAAUUAUUAAGAUUUAUGAAAAUAGUUAAGGUAAUGGAAAAAACAUUGUACCAUUCGUCAGGACCACUAUUGGCGGCUCUACUAUAUCACUCAACUUUUAUGGUAGCUUUAUCCGUAAUAGCUACGUCGUUCUUUGGAUCGGAAUCAGAAUAUUUCCGCAACUUUUACAAGAGUAUGACCACAUUGUUGCUGCUCAGCAUGAACCUAAUCGACGAUUUUCCUAUGCACCCGUUCGAGCAACAUAAAUUGGGUUCAGCCUUUUUCGUUCUAUUCGCUUUGCUGUCCAUAUAUUUCAUCAAUGUCUACAUCGUCAUCAUCACCUACUAUUAUUCUCAAGCUAAGACAUUUUACUGCAACGAAAAGGGAAUGGUACAAGAGUACCUGAAAAACAAAUGGAUUUAUUACACGACUUUGUUGAAGGUGCGCUUGACUCAACUCAGAGGAGGACAAGAUAUUCCAGAAAAUCUUAUUCAGUCAAUAUCAGUAGAUCGCUACAACGACUUAUGUAUAGUGGCGAAAAAUAGAAUGAAAGCUAUGGCUUUGAUAUCAAAAUGCGUUUUAAGAAACGAAGAAAAAUCUAGGACUAUGACUGAAGAAGAUUAUGAGCUUAUUUCAGAAGUGAUAUGGCAGUUGUUUAGAAAAGAUACGGACGAAAAAGAACUGUUCUUCAAAUGUGAGGAAGAGGAAACUGUAAAGUUUGUCGAUGAUCGAAAAAUAGAAAAGAUCGCUAGUAUAUGCGAGGAUCUUGCUAGAAAUGGGGAGGAUAUGAGCAGAAAGUUCAAAUCGAAGCGUAAGCCAUGGAUCGAAGAACGAAUCAACAGACUGAACGCUAUGAUUGAAGGUUUGAAUGUUAUAAAUCGAGUCCUUGAUAAUAUAAAAAUUAAUGUUUAA